UUUAGUUUAGAACCGAGAUUAAUAACGGACUUAAUCACAAAAGUAUUAGUGAAAGUUUUUCCAUGACAUAAGUAAUUUGAUGUAUGAUCCACAUCGCAUGGAUCAUUUGUGCAAAUUGGCCCAAUAAUUCAUAGUCAUAAGAUUAGAACACGAGGAAUUGGGAGUGAGAGGACCUGCUUAGAACAUGAGAUCAGCAAGAUGCAACACAGACUGAUCCCAUUAACUCAAACCCCCACCACAAAAAAUAAAAAUAAAAAUAAAAAUAAAAACACCUCAUCCCUUUAUCACCUCACAAGAAUUAAAAAUGGUUCUAGGCGUCAGCGACACCUUUUCUUCCCCCUUCUUUUUCCUUUAUCAUAAUUUCGAGUGUAAUUCAUUGUUUGUUUUGACUUGGGGGUAAAUUGUAAUGCAUUUCAACUUAGCCCAACAAACAAAAGAAAAAGUCGCAAAAAAUCUUAAGCACGUCUCUGUUGAUAGUUACCCAAGAUGGCAUGGCAGGCUGGCAGCACCAAUUGAAAACAAAGCAUUUCAUGAAAGUCAUUGCAUACCCACUCAGAAAGUUACUACACAACACAAGCUGACAAUGAGCCCUCACCAAAGAUAAGAUUGCAAUGUUUAUAUCUUGAGAUUGUAAUGAGCAAAUCAACCAGACUCGUGGAUUGAAGAAAACAGAGAGAUGGAGGGAGAGAAAGGAAGAGUAUGUGUAACAGGUGGUUCAGGGUUUAUAGGGUCUUGGCUGGUCAUGAGGCUCCUUGAUCAUGGCUACUCUGUCAACACCACUGUCAGAUCAGACCCAGAGAACAAGAAAGAUCUAAGCUUCCUCACAAGUCUACCAGGAGCAUCGGCACGGCUAAAAAUUUUCAAUGCGGAUCUCAGCAUCCCAGAAAGUUUCAAUGCAGCCGUUGAAGGAUGCAUCGGAUUGUUCCAUGUUGCUACUCCAGUUGACUUCCAAGAUAAGGAACCUGAAGAAGUGGUGACCAAAAGAUCAAUUGAUGGAGCCCUUGGCAUUCUAAAGGCAUGCUUAAAUUCGAAAACUGUGAAACGAGUUGUAUACACCUCGAGCGCAUCUGCUGUCAUGUUGGGCAGCAAGGAUUAUGUAGAGGAACUGGAUGAGAGCUUUUGGAGUGACAUAGAUUACAUUAAAGCCGUCAAGCCAUAUGGAGGCUCAUACAUGAUUUCAAAGACAUUAACUGAAAGGGCAGUUCUUGAAUUUUCAGAGAAAUAUGGAUUGGAUGUUGUGACAGUAAUUCCUUCUUUUGUUGUUGGCCCAUUCAUUUGUCCUAAGCUCCCCGGCUCUGUUCAAACCAUUUUGUCUCUUGCAUUUGGUGACUUUGAUCAACUUAGCUUUAUCAUCAAUACAUCUGUGGUGCAUGUGGAUGAUGUUGCCAGAGCACACAUUUUCCUUUUUGAACAUCAUGAGGCCAACGGGAGAUACAAUUGUUCUGCAGAUGUCAUAACACUUGUACAAAUAGCUGAAUUAAUCUCUGCAAAAUACCCGGAAGCUCGAAUACCGUCAGUAGAUGAUUUAAGUAGAGUUGAAGGUCCGAAAUUUUCUGGUCUGUCAUCAAAGAAGCUAUUGGAUGCUGGUUUCAAAUUCAAGUAUGGGGUUGAUGAGAUGUUCAGUGAUGCAAUUCAAUGCUGCAGAGAAAAGCAUUAUCUGUAGUUCCUUCCUGGAAUUAUGAUCUUAUUCUAUGGAAAUGGAAGUUUGAUACCAUAACAGAAAACCAAUCCCCUUUGUUGGAUGGAAAUGGAACAUUGGAUGGGUGUAUAUAUGCACACCAUGAAAUGCAAAUAGGAAAAAUGUAAUGGAAUGGAACAGUUAAAAUCUUCUUCCAAUCUUGUCCAUCAAUAAAGUCAUUCUUUCUGACUU